CUCUAAACACCAACAUAACUUUGGAACCUUAUCCUACUGGUUUCAAAAUACCUUAGCUCGAAACAUAUGAUGGAACAAAGGACCCAGAUGACCAUCUACAUGCUUUCUACUCCUGUAUGCAAGCUCAAAACACCUUUGAUGCAUUGAUGUGCAAGAUCUUUCCUUCUACUCUCCGAGGCAAUGCUCGAACUUGGUAUUACAGUCUACCUCCGAGAUCUAUCAGUUCUUAUACAGAGAUGACAUCUACUUUUGCUACAAAGUUUUCCAGUGGGAGGUUGAUUAGGAAAACCAUUUUUGAGCUGAUGCGAGUCAUACAAAGAUAUGGAGAAUCUCUGAAGAAUUACAUGAGCAUAUUCAAUGAUGCAGUUUUGGAGGUUAGCUCAUUCGAUCAAGCUGUGGGAAUUGCAGCUGUAAUUUAAGGUCUUAGCCAUGAAAGAUUCAGAGAUAGCCUAAUUAAGCAUCCCGUUGCUACUUUUAACAAGGUUAAUGAUAGAUCUUUGAAAUUCAUAACUGCUGAGGAAUAUGCCUUGUCACAAAAGCCAGUUCUUGCUAAUAAACAAAACUUGGCUUGGAGAAAUGAAGGCCAAAGCUGAAAGUGGAUGAAGACAAUACAGAAUCGAGGUCCAAUGUCGACCUCCACAUCGAGAUUCAGAAGACCGAACUCAGUACCUCUCCAACAAACUACCAAUAAAGCACUAGUUACAUGGACUCCUUUUAAUCUGUCGAGAUUGCAAAUAUUCAUGCAGAUCAAGAAUAAGAUGGAUUUAAGGCGACCAGGGCUGAUGAAAAGUUCUAUUGCUAUGCGUGACCAGAUUAGAUAUUAUGAUUUUCAUCAAGAUCGUGGCCAUACAACGGAGGAAUGUAAUAGUCUAAGGUCCAAAUUGGAAAGUCUAGCUCAGAAGGGAAUGCUGAAUGAAUACAUCCAAAGAACAGAGCAGUCGAGGUUUGUCAGAGAACAGGGACCAUAGCCACAAGGAUCUCGUAAUGCUGGAAAUAGGCAAUGAGUGAGAUAUCAACAAGCCCUACCUCCACUUCUGCCACCAGCCAAAAUUAUUCAUAUGAUUAUAGGCAUAUUGGAAGCAAGGGGUUUGAGCUCCAAGUAGAGGAAGUUAUAUGUUAGGGAGGUGAAACAUCAAAACAAAGCUCAGAAAAGAAAGUUUGAUGAUGCUGACUAGAAGAAUCAACCCAUCACUUUCACACCUGCUGACUUCGAUACAGUUGUAACACCUCAUAGUGAUCCUUUGGUCACUUCUGUUAUGAUUAAUAACUAUGAGGUACAAUGUGUCCUUAUUGACACACGAAGUGCACCAGACAUUAUGUAUUAUCGUUGUUUUGAGAGCCUAGAACUAGAUCCAGCUCUGUUGUAGAGGCACGAUGGUCCUCUAUAUGGAUUCAAUAACCAAUCUAUUCAGGUAGAAAGAGUCCUUACUCUCAAUGUUGCUUUUGGGAGCGGUCGAACUUAUGUUACCCCCUCAGUUCGGUAUC